AUGCAGGAAAACCCUAUCGUCCAGUACAUUUUGGUGAACAAAGAAAUCUUAGAUAAGAAAUGGCCGCUGGGGUCUGUCAUAGCCCAGGCAUGUCAUGCAUGCGUCGCAGUCAUUGCCGAAAAUCAGGAAGACCAAGUGGUGAAGGAGUACCUUUGUGCAGAAAAAAUAAACAACAUGCACAAGGUCAUCUUACGGAUCGAAGACACAAAUGAAAUAAAAAAACUUUCCAGCAUUUUAGAGGACGCAUGCUUAAAGUACAAAAUAUGGACGGAAUUCCCAGAAAACAUACAAACAGCUGUGGCCUUGAAACCCUAUUAUAAGGACACGGUCAAGGAAUAUUUGAAGAAAUAUCCUUUGCUACGUAAGCUUUGA